AUGCUAUCGCUUCUCUGCCGUUCCCUGCUGCUCAUCCUUGCUCAACAGUGCCUCAGCAGGGCUCAGAACAAUGGCCAGCUGCCUGCUCCUCGAGGUGGACAGUCUGUGGCCGAAAGGCGCCAGUUCUGCCAGUGGCCCUGCAAGUGUCGGGAGAGACCUCACUGUGCCCCGGGGGUGAGUGCCGUCCUGGAUGGGUGUGGCUGCUGCAAGAGCUGCGCCAGGCAGAUUGGGGAUCCCUGCAACGAGAGGGACAUAUGUGACCCGCACAAGGGCAUGUACUGCGAUUUCUCAGCAGACCAGCCCAAGUUUGAGGUUGGAGUGUGCGCAUACAUGAUGGCCGUGGGCUGUGACCUAAAUGGGGCCCACUAUGAAAACGGAGAAGCUUUCCAGACCAGCCCCCUCUAUAAGUGCACAUGUAUUGCUGGAGCCAUUGGCUGCACCCCUGCUUUCAUCCAGAAGCCUGCUGGUCUCUUAGGCCCCGCCCCACUGAUGGGCAGCCUGCCAGCUGGCCUCCGCGGUCAGAGCCCAAAGAAGCACCAGCAGGACACUACCUACAUGUCAGCUUACAGGGAUCCUCCUUUAGCCUGGAAGAAGAACUGUCUGGUCCAGACCACCCCCUGGAGUCCCUGCUCCAAGACCUGUGGCCUGGGAAUCUCUGUGCGCGUGAACAACGACAACAGCAAAUGUGAGAUGAGGAAGGACCGUCGCCUGUGCCUGCUGCGACCAUGUGAGAGGAGUGUUAUUAGGAGCAUUAAGAUGCCAAAGGGAAAGACAUGCCGGCCUAAAUUCCAGGCAAAGAAAGCGGAGAAGCUGACACUCUCUGGCUGUGCCAGUACCAAAAAGUUUAAGCCCACAUACUGCGGAGUCUGUACAGACAAACGCUGCUGUGUACCAAACAAGUCACUCAUGAUCAAGGUCAACUUCACUUGCAAAGGAGGCUCCAACACACAGUGGAAGAUGCAGUGGAUAACGUCCUGCGUGUGCCAGAGGAAGUGCAACAAUCCAGAUGACAUGUUUUCUGAGCUGCGGUUACUCUAGUGGAGCCAGACACAGGCUCGGAGCCCUGCUGUGGUGGACUAAGGACCGAAAAAGAUUUUAUUCUCUGGUUAUUAAGUUCUCCUCAGCAGAGGUUAUGGACCCGAGACUAAAGACAAAAACAUAAACUACAAAACCUCAUUUCAUAAUGAAGGAUGGCUGGGAUCAUGAAAUGCAUGGAAAAUCUUGAAAAAUGCUGUUGGCUAUGAUAAAACAUUUUACUAAACCAUGUCUUCAGGACAAGUACGUGCAAUAACGACAUGGGCUAUGGCCAGUGAAGUAGCUGUAACAGCAGAUUUGACUCAUAAUAGUACCUCAUUAUACAAUGGUCAGGGAGCCCACAAUGGCAAAUCAGAGUUCAACUCUUACUAAUGUGACUGUUUAUUUUUCAGACAGAGAAAAUAUUGAAUCUGGUCAUAAAUAAGACAAUUUGGAUUUCUAACUUAUAAAGGUGUAUAUAAACGA